GAUCGGAGGCGGAGAGCGGGGCGGCGGCGGCGGGCAGGUGGGGCUGCGACCGGGGCUGGGCCGGGGGGCUCCGCUGCGCUGCCACCGCGUGCGCUGGGGCCGGGGCGACGGCGGGGUGUCACGGCCGGGUAGGCCGCGGAGGGGACGGGAGCGGACAGGCGUCUGCAGGGGGGUGGGGCCGGCAGGGUGCUGCCGGGGUGGCGUUGCGGUGGGCGACAGUGGUCGGCGGCACUGCCGCGGGUGGUGGUACGGUUGGCGGCACUGCAGCGGGUGACGGUACCGUUGGUGACGCCGUGACGGGUGGCGCUGGGUUGGGCGGUGCUGCAGCGGGCGACGGUUGCCCGGACCCCCCAGGCGUGGCCACCCCCAGCUUGGGCUGCAGCCUGGGGACACGGAGCCGGGGUGACACUGAGGGCGUUGGGGUCGGUCAGGUGCGCUCCGCCCUGCUGACCUCGGCCGUCUCAUCCUUGCCGCGGGGUGAGCCGUGGGCUCGCUGCCCUCCUGCCUCUGAGGGCUUAAGAAAUACUUCGGGGCUGCUGAGCUGUCAUGGGGAACACCACCAGCGAGCGAGUGUCCGGUGAGCGCCAUGGCUCCAAGUCCCACCGCUCCGACGGCUCUGGCACUGCCCAUCCCUCUAAGGAGCACCCACAUAAGAUCAUGGUGGGCAGCACAGAUGACCCCAGUGUUUUCAGCUCCCACGACUCCAAGAUUCCUGGGGACAAGGAGUUUGUUUCGUGGCAGCCGGACCUGGAGGAGUCUGUGAAGCCAUCUCAGCAGGCUCGCCCCACUGUCAUCCGCUGGGCAGAUGGGGGCAAAGAGGUUUUCAUCUCUGGAUCUUUCAACAACUGGAGCACCAAGAUCCCACUCAUCAAGAGCCACAAUGACUUUGUCGCUAUCCUGGACCUCCCAGAAGGAGAGCACCAGUACAAAUUUUUUGUGGAUGGCCAGUGGGUCCAUGACCCAUCUGAGCCCGUCGUCACCAGCCAGAUGGGGACAAUUAACAAUCUGAUUCAUGUCAAGAAGUCUGACUUUGAGGUGUUCGACGCUUUAAAAGUGGAUUCCCUGGAGAGCUCAGAAACCUCAGGUCGGGUCCUGUCUCAGGUACAGCCUCAGUUCCAGGCCCUUGCCCAGCCCAAAAAGAAGCCAUCAAGCAGCAUCUCCAAGGAGGUGGACCCUUCAGGGUGCUGGCUGUUCCAAAAUGAGCAGACUUAUCAAGUUCACCACCCGGACCUUACGGCCAAGAGAUGUAUGUGUACCGGCCUGAGGAACGCUUCAAAUCCCCUCCCAUCCUCCCGCCUCACCUCCUCCAGGUCAUCCUCAACAAGGACACCAAUAUCUCGUGUGACCCGGCCCUACUGCCCGAACCCAACCACGUCAUGCUCAAUCACCUCUACGCGCUCUCCAUCAAGGAUGGCGUGAUGGUGCUCAGUGCCACACACCGCUACAAGAAGAAGUACGUCACCACGCUGCUGUACAAACCUAUCUGAGCCGGGGCCUCGCCCACCCCCCACGCAGGACACGAAACACCACUUUGUCUGCACAUGCUGGGCCACAGGACUGUGUGAGGACUGGCUGCUGGAUCCAGCCUCCAACCUGGGGGGGGGCACAGCCCCCAGUGAAGAGCCCAGGCCUGCUGGGGCCAUCCUGCUGUCCCAUUAUACUGGUGUGGUUUGAUUUAACCCUUGGUUUCCGCCCACCUGCAGCUCCCCUUGGCUUCAGUGAGUCCCUGGGGCUGCUUUGCUGCUCACAGAACAGCCUUUCCUUGCUCCUGACAGGGAAAGGGCUUCACCGCCCCUCUGCUCUAGACUGUGAUGGCCCUGAGGCUGUCCUGGCACCGUCCGCAGCCCAGGCCAGCAGCAAAGUGUCCUUUUGCUGCCCUGGUAAUGAGCCUCCAAGGCCAUGUUGGUCCUUGGAAGCUUGGGGAGCCUCAGCCUGCCACUGUCCCCCUGUCCCUCAGCCCUGGCUGCAGGCUUGUCCUGCUCCUCGUGCUCCCCAGCUUCAAGGAGAGCUCUUUGGCCACAGCUCUGUAAUACGUUCAGUGCUGAGCCAGCAGGAGGGAGGGCACAGCUGGAUGCACCAUGCUUACCUGCUGCCAGGACAGCAACAUCGAGGACUGAACACAUCUGCCCCGUCACCACCAUCGGGUGCUUCUGGCGGGCCCUGGGGAGAGCGAAGCAAGGCAGAUACCCCAGGACCCCAGCUACAUCAUCUGCUGCUCUAGCAGUGCCAUGUGACAGGGUUUUCUCUAUUUAUUACAGUAUUUAUUGUUCUCUG